AUGGUAAGCUUCGAUGUGGUAUCUCUAUUCACGAGAGUACCCCUAGGCGAGUCAAUGGAUCUAAUCAAGGAAUCAUUCCCACCUGACAUCGCGGAGCUCUUCCGAGUGUGUCUGACUGGUAGCUAUUUCUUAUGGAACGGCAAUUACUACGAACAAACAGAAGGUGUCGCAAUGGGUAGCCCAAUCAGCCCAAUAAUUGCUAAUUUCUUUAUGGAGAGAUUUGAAGAAAAAGCGCUAGAGUCAUCCGUUCUGAAGCCCGCUGUAUGGUUUCGUUAUGUGGACGAUACAUUUGUGGUUUGGAAACAUGGACGUGACAGCCUAGAUGACUUCCUUCAUCACCUUAAUUCGCAGAGCCCGAGCAUAAAAUUUACCAUGGAAACCGAAGUAAACAACCAACUGGCCUUCCUCGAUGUGCUUGUCAAGAGAAAUGGCGACCUUUUGGAUCACACCGUGUAUCGAAAACCCACUCAUACAGACCGGUACUUACACAAACUAUCAAAUCACCAUCCAAGCCAAAAACAGGGGAUUAUCGGAACAUUAGCAAAUAGGGCAAGACAUAUCUGUGCUAAUGAACACAUCCAAGAGGAACUAAGUCAUUUAAAUAAAGCCUUUCUUGCCAAUGGCUAUAAUGACAGAGAAAUAAAGGCGGCGCUGGCACCUAGGCAGAGGAGACCUGACGCCAAUGAACAGGAAAACAUCAUUAAUAAGGCCUUCCUUCCAUAUGUUUCCCAGGUCACCGAUAGGAUUGGUAAAGUUCUCAAGAAGCAUAACAUCAAAACCAUAUACAAACCUACCCGAAAAAUAAGGGACUGCUUAAGACCAGCAAAAGACAAAAGAGAACCAUUAUCCUCUGCAGGGAUCUACCGUAUACCUUGUUCCUGCGGUAGCGUAUAUAUUGGAAUUACCAAACGCUCAGUAGAAACGAGACUUACGGAACACAAGAGAAACUGCAGAUUAGGGUAA